UUCAGUUUGAUGAUUGAUGUUUCACAUACGGAUGUGGAGAAAGUAUUUUUUAAGUUUCCUCAGUUAUUUAGUCGUAAAUCGUGUAAUGAACAUUUCCUUGUUUUGAGAAAUGCUAUUUUCGUCGUCCAAAGAAUGUGUUCAGUGCCAAAAGUUAAACAUUUUAGUGGAAAAAUGUUGGACAACCGCGGUGGCUGACACCUCGGAUGUUGCAUGUUUAAAGUGAUUUUACGUGUGUUUUAUAAUUUAAACGGAAAGGAUGCCGAGGGGAGAGAACAGGCCCAGUGUGUUGCUAUCUCGGGACGAGAACGAUCAGGUGUUCAGCCUCAUUGGGCCCAAAUGCCAGAGCUUAGCAACAGCUGUGGUGCAACUUUUCACAACAGAAGGCCCAGCACAUUCAGAAUGGAAGAAAAAAGACACUGGGGUGCUGUGUCUAGUCAAGGACAACGCGAAGCGCUCCUACUUCUUUCGAAUCUACUGCCUGUACCGGAAGACCAUGAUUUGGGAACAUGAGGUGUACAUGCAGAUAGAAUAUAAAAGCCCGCGGCCUUACUUGCAUACUUUCGAAGCUGAGGAAUACAUGACGGCUUUCAAUUUCGCAAACGAAGAUGAAGCCAGAGUCCUCAGAAAUAUACUUAUCGAAAAGAUCGAGCUCCGAAAACAGAGAAGAGAAGAGCGUCGCCAGCGGUCGAUGCUGGCAGCGCGCGCCAACAGCAGUUCGUCCAACACCACCGUCAACAGCGCGCCGCGGCACAAUGGCGUCGCGCACACCCCGCCGCCUGUGCCCGCGCCCGCGCCCGCGCCGAUGCCCAAAGCAAAUCUAGGAGCGCGCCGCGGCACAAUGGCGUCGCGCACACGCCGCCGCCCGUGCCCGCGCCCGCGCCCGCGCCGAUGCCCAAAGCCAACCUGGGAGACAGGUAACAUGGUCGCUAAGUGGUCGUCGAACACUGCUGUCAACAGCGCGCCGCGGCACAAUGGCGUCGCGCACACGCCGCCGCCCGUGCCCGUGCCUGCUCCCGCGCCCAUGCCCAAAGCAAAUCUAGGAGGAGGCGAUUACUCUAUGAAGGCCUCCGGAAAAAAGAAGCCGACGAGGAAACUGACCAAAGCGGACAUCGGCAUGCCGAAAGACUUCAAGCAUAUAUCGCACGUCGGCUGGGACGCUAAUAAAGGUUUCGACGUGGAUAACUUACCAGAAGAAGAGAUGCGCUCAUUCUUCUCAAAGGCGGGUGUUUCCGAGACACAGCUACAGGACCACGCCACGCGCCAGUUCAUCUACAACUUCAUCAACACGCACGGCGGGCUCGACGCCGUCAAGGAGGAGCUACAUGAGAACCACAAGCCCAGCAAAGCGACGCCGAUGCCGCCGCCGCCACCGACGCCGGCGCCGCCCGCGCCGCCCGUGCCUUCCCGCUCGCCCGCGCCGCACCCGCCCGCACCCCCGUCCCGCGCGCCGCCGCCGCCGCCGGCGCGAGGCGUGCCGCCGCCGCCGCCCACCAGCGCGCCGCCUCCGCCGCGCACCGCGCCGCCGCCGCGCCCGCUGCAACCGCCGUCGACAGCGCCGCCCGCCGCGCCGCCGCCGCCGCCGCCCGCGCCCGGCGCCCCGCCGCCCCCGCCGCCCCCGCCCGCGCCGCCCGGGGCUCCGCCGCCGCCCGCCAUGCCGGUCGGGGCCCCGCCGCCGCCGCCUGCACCCGCGGCUAUGGAUCCAAGGGCGGCGCUUAUGGAGAGCAUACGCAGCGGAAACAAGAGCUUAAAGCCGGUGGAGGUGAGCGCGAAGCCGCCGGUGGUGGAAGACAGCAGGAGCAAUCUACUCAGCGAGAUCCGGCAGGGCGUCGAGUUGCGCGCCGUGUCCCGCUCCACCAGCAACACGGCCAGCGACAGCUCGCGCGCGUGCGGCGACGGGCUGGCGGGCGCGCUGGCCCGCGCUCUGCAGGAGCGUAACCGCGCCAUACAUUCCGACUCCGACUCCGACAGCGACGAGACCAGCGACGGCGAAUGGGACGACUGACCGGGACACAAGCCAGGCGAGCACUAGCGAACUGCUGAGAAUGAUGUUUUAAUUCGUAAAUAGGUGAACCCUCAUGUGUAUUACAAAUUAAUUAAUUCCAUCACCAGGGAAUCAGACGCAGGUUAACGUACCAUCCCAUCCCCAUCCCCCUAUAUUGUUGACAUACCACCAGCUCGCACUGAGCGUUUCGAUGGCUAGGGACUAGGCUGGAAUUCGCUGCUUGCUGCUGUCUUUCCCGAAGACUAUAAUCCGGGCCUUUUCAAGGUGAGUGGGAAUAGGCACUUACAUGGCAGAUAGGUACCGUCCUGACUGCAUCCCACUUAACACCAGGUGCGAUUGUGGUCAAAUACCUGCCUUGUUAUGUAUAAGAAAAAAUGUAAGUGACCCCCAUGCGUAGUACAGAUCUUAGUAAACAGUUGCUACCUACCGGAACAGCAGGCGAUCACUAGCGUUCUGCUGAGAAUGAGAUUUAAACAUCGUAAAUGUACCCGCAAGAUCUUUGUAAACAGUUGCUACCUACGGGGACAGCAGGCGAGCUCUAUGUGAUUAUGUGUGCAUACAGUAAGGCAAUACCGAGUCGCACUAUGGCUAAGGCCCGAUUCGACCAAACUUUUAUCCGAGAAGAACUCCUGGUAUAAAUAACUGAUACAUUGACAGUGUCAGUAUGGGAAAUAUGUCAAAACUGACGAUUUAUUCUGAGAUUAAAGGACAAUGACCAAAAAUGUAUGGAGUGUGGUCCAAAUGUCCACCACUAACGAGACCUAUGUAGUAAAAUAGUCUGCUAAAUACUGAUUCAUUAUAACCAAACCGCAAUCAAAAAUAUGAUGUCAGUAAAAAGUUAUGAUUGAAUGAAAAGUCUGUUUUUUACCUUUUCAUCCGAAAAAUGUUCUUGAUAUCAUUCUAUCCAUUGCACAUUUUGGACUAAUCUACGCAUAUUAUGACAUGUCGCAUGUGGCGCGGGUUUAUAGAUGAAUUUUAUUAAAUAUUAUACUCGCUGUGCCUACGACUUUGUACGCGUGAAAAUAGUUUGAAUAAUAUUUCCCAUUUUUACAACAUUUGUCUUUACUGCUCCGCCCCUAUUGGUUGUAGGGUGAUGUUAUUUAUCCUAAAACCAUCCUUGAUAAAUGGGCUAUCCAUAACAAAAAUAAUUUUUCAAAUCGGACCAGUAGUUCCUGUGAUUAGCGCGUAAACUACUACAAUUUUUUAAACAGUCGUAACUUUUUACUGACGGCUUAUUUUUUUUUCGUCGCAUACUGAAAGUUAAUCUCUAUUUAAUGGACUAUAAGCCCAAAUAGGUCUCAUUAGUGGUGGACAUUUGGACCACUUUUGGUCAUUGUCCUUUACUCUUGUUUGGUCGAAUCCACCCUAAACCGCCGCGGUUUUUAACCUUGUGAUUUUAUAACCAAGUAAAACUAAUGCAAGCGUACGAACUGCGGCUUUUUUUCACCUAUACGUUUCGUGCGGUCUCGAGGUUUGGCGAUUUACCGCUUGCGGGAAAAACCGUAGUGCGGACUCAAUAGUUAAAUAGUUGAACCCGCAUGCGUAUUACAAAUGAGUAAACAGUAACUACCUACCGGGACAUCAGACGAGCAAUAGAUGCAGCUGGUUCUGCUGAGAAUAGGGUUUCUGCACACCGUAAAUGGUUGAACCCAGUCAAGCACUCUAGAUGUGAAAAAAGUCAAUGUAUCUACUGCUCUACCAUAACCACAAUCACAGCUUGUUUAAACCAGAAGGUAAUACAGUAAUUAUGCUGUAUUUCAGUGUUUGGGAUGUCUAUUAUUUAUUCGUGUAUUUAAAAGAAAGCAAAAUUUAAAUUAAUGAUGCAACGCCAUAAAUUAUAACUGUGCAAAAUGCUCCCAAUAUUUACGACGAACUACUUAUUUUUGUUAUUAUCUUUAUGAAAAGUGAUAUUAUGGCCAUAGGCAUCAAGUAAUUUAUGAUUUUAUUAUUUCUGAUAUUUUAUUAAGCUUGUUAUGUUAUUCUAGAAAGUAGUUAUCUUAUCAUUGUCUUCCAUUUUACACUUAAGCAAUUAGUCUAUGGCCAUAAUAUUGACCUACUUACGAUGGUUUUAAAAUACUGGACAUAUAAAUUUGUUAACAAUGAGCGUAAUGUUGCGUAAAAAAUAUUCUACAGAUUUUUUUUGCAAAAAAAAUGAAUAUUAAAAAUAUAAAUAGCUCAAAUUCUGAAAAUUUAACAUUGCUCAACACAAGCUCAUAAAUAUAAAUGAACGUCAGUAGUCCCACUGCACCCGAGAUAAUUAGAAUACUAAAGUUUUGAUGUGAUCAAAACACUAGUUCGUUACUUAGCACAAGUUUCCAUCGCAGAGUAAUGAAGGGCCUUCAUAUUUGCGCUCACCAGUUGGCGCCACUGUCGAGAAGUAGAACAAUAACAGAGUCGCCAAAGUGGUGAGUGCAAAUACGAUAGUCCUCUUAGGAUAAAGGCUUCCACAGACCAAAGGCGGGUCAGAAGCAGUGCGGGUCAGUUGCAGCGCGGCAGCAGGCACACUGAAGGCAGCGCAGUUUCAAAGCAGUUGCAACGCGGGCGUUUGUCAAAAAUUCAAUAUUCGAAAACCGCUUUCAACGCUCUGCUACCGCCCUGCCUCUGGUGUGUCAUGCUAAUAUGGCCGCCAUAGUAAUACAACAGCGCGGGCCCGCGCGCGCGCCGCUUCUGUCCCGCACCCGCGCCGCCUCGUUUGUCGUUCGGCAGUUGCAGUGCGGCGCGGAUGGAGCGCGGGCCCGCGUUCAAAUUUGGUGUGACACACUUCAAAGAGUUUCUUGUAUUACAACUUGUGCGGGCCCGCAUUCAAACUGCGCUGCUACUGCCCCGCGUUUGGUCUGCCCAAGCCUUAAACGCUCACCACGUGGCGCCACUGUCAUAUACAUUAGCAAGUGACAGGACCUUAUUCGCCAGUGGCGCCAGCUGGCGUCAUAAAUAUAAAAGUCCUCAUUGAACAAACGUACCACAGAUCAAUUAAUUAUUUGAGACAGUUUUUCAACGGCUGCUCAAUAAUUGAUAACUAUUUUAUAGUGCCAGUUACUUUAGUGCACAGUUAAAAGAGAGACUAUAGAAAACUUACACCUAGUUAACUACUUAAUACAUGCGCCAAUAAUCGGGUUUAUCGCCCGUAUUCACAAACAUUACUAUGAGGUCUCACUGUGCGCGUGGACGCACAGGUGACGAACCAAUUAUAGAGCUCUAUUCAACGCUGUGCGUUCGAUUGCGACGGCUGCUUCACUUAUGCAAGCAUUGUUUGUGAAUACGGGCGUAUAUCUCAUUUAUAGCCAUUUACAACUCCAAUAAAAUAUCAUUAGUCUUCAAAUAACUGUCACAAUAUUUUUGUGACCGAUAAAUAAGUUGAUGAUUUAUGAUUUCGCUAAAGUGAAACGAUGUAUAGUUUUUAUCUUUUUAAUUAUAGUUUAACUUAUUUAAGUAUGUGUAUAUUUAAGUUGAUUAUAUUUAAACACGUGAUCAAAUUACACCAGGAUUGAUAUGUGAAUUAUGAAUAAGUUAUGUAACAUUUAAUUAGUUGAAAUAACAGAUAGUUUUAUGGACUAUGGUCACGCCACGCGUUUCUACCCUGUGGCAAAGACUUACGUUUUUUUUAUUUAAAAUAGUAACUGUUUGAUACAGUUGUUUAUGUCAUGAACGCACACCAAUGUUUUUUUAAUAAAAACGUGAACGUACCAAAAGUGUCAUACAAGAGUUUAAAAUGUAAAUAGAAACUGGGGCUCUAUUCCGCAAAAACAUUUCGCUAUAUUAGAUUAUACCCGUUCGCUCACCAUUUAAAGGUGGCAUGAGUGAGAGUCGUUUAGGGCAAAUUUAUUAAAGUCCGUUUGCGGAAUAGUCCCCCAGUUUACAACGGAGUGUUUCUGAUAAUAUUACAAAUGACAACGCAUCUUUUUAAGGCCUAAUAAUUUCUGUCUGGCCGGUUAUGUAUAUUGCAUACAAUUUCUAUUAUUUUGAAACUGCCCACGCUGUCAUUUGUAAUACGAUUAGUGUGUAAAAAUGAGUGAUUGGUGUGCCAAUGUGUUAGUACUAGUGUUCAGUGCCUCGUGUAAAAUGUGUAGGGAUGUACUAGUCAAGGUGCUGUGUCGCAGUUACAGCACUAAAGAACCAUAUCAGAUGAAUAAACCAAGUGAAGGCUUAGCACUCAUCGAAUCGCGAUUCGAAUUUAAGAGUAAUCUAUAGUAAUAGCUGCCGCUCGUUCACUCGGUAUUUUGUGGGAGCGAGAGGUGUCUACAUCGGAUAUAAGAUAGUACAGAAAAUCAUUUCGACAGUAUCUUUGCUUAGUCUAUAUUAUAAGAUCGGGACAUUUUAAUUAAUCGAGCCUUCAGUGUUCACAUCAGAAGAGUAGAGUACUAUUCGGUGUCUUAUUUUCGUACGCAGUGAAACUUUGAUCAAAAACUGUUGUUUCACUUUUAAAGGUACGAUUUUGUGUGUGUGUGAUGAGCCGCACAUUGUGAAUCUACUUGGUAUUAUUUCAUUACAAUUCAGUAUUUUGGUUUAUAGUAUUUUUUGUUAGUUUACCGUACACUCCAAAUGGAAUCUGACCAAAUUAGUAUUUCCCCUUAGAAUAUUAUAUUUCACUAUGUUGGUCAAUUUUUAUAGUAGGUACGGAGUCGAUGAGUAUUUUUUGAGAGAAAGUGUCAUUUAUAACGCAUAAUAAUUUCCUUUUAAUUCUUAGGUACGUUAUAUGCUUCUAAGCAAAAAAAAAUGUUUUACGUUUAGGUUUUGUGCAUAAUGUAACCACGAAAAUUAUUUUAACAAUAAUUAUUAAAAUAACAAAUAUUAUUAUUUAUAUUUUAUGUGACAAUGUUAAUGGGACAUUCGUUAAGCUAUAUGGUAUGACGUGUAUAUCUUAAUAUUUUUCUGUAUAUGUGUAUAUAAUAUAAAUUAGGUAAAAUGACUGAGAAGAACCCAUGGUGAUUCUAAAGCGUUUAAAUUUAAUCAUAUUUAGUUAGGUUUCAUAUAGAUCCAUGUAAGGUUUACGAUUGUGAUUUCUACAUAGCAUUAGGCCUUGUAUUCACUGUGGAAAAAGUAUUGUUGACACGUUCAAGUGAACUCGGGCCAAGAGAAACGUCAUGUGUCUAGCUUAUUCCACUAUUCCCCGUUGACAAUCCCCGUCAACGGGAAUUAGUGAACUUUUUGUUCGUUACGUUACGUUAAAAAUAAAAUCCUAAUAAACGGGGAUUGUCAACGGAGAAUAGUGGAAUAAGCCACGUGUCUGGGACUUGUCCCCUAGUGGAUAUACAGCUUGAGCUUCUUCACUCGUCAGCGCAAUUUUUUUGCGAUAGACUUAACGUAUCAAUAAAUAACUAAGUGAUGCUGAUGAUGUUGAGUUGUCUAUUUUAUUAUUUUGCUCGUAACUUCUGUAGUGCUGAGGGAGCCUGCUUUUUAAUCAUGCGAUUGGACUACACUAACUUCCGCUUAGGCGUUUUCAUCAUUACACUUAAGACUGUCCUAUUUACGCAUUUAUCGUUUCGCAAUAUCCCAUAAUGUAGGUAAAUGUUUUCGGAAACUCAUGUUGAGCGGACUUUGAAACCAAUUCGAUCGCCGGUAGCAGCCACAAAUUUAGCGUGGACUGAGUCGCGCAUUUGUAAGGUACUUUUCGGAUCUCUCCCCUACUCUUAUAUUCUGUUCAUGGGGUAAGCCCGAAAAAAAGAUACAUAUAGGCACUACAUUAAGACGCUGUUAUAACUCAUAGUCGUUCGCUCAACAGAGCUACCCGCAUUGUGGUCAUACUCUCAGCCUUAACCAGCACUUGUAAUUAAUAAGCACACAACUGUGUAUAUUGUAAAAAGGCGCAAAGCUAUUUUUAUAAUAUUGAAUUUAUUUUCUAUUUGAAUGUUAUCGAAGUGAGGUGUACGAGCGCGAUUUGACUAACAAUACAUGUUAAUACCACCUGUAACACUAUGUUGACAAAUAAAAAUGAUCAUUUCUAAAAUUA